AUGGGAGCCAAACCAGAAUCUUUGGAUGAAAGGUUGCAAUCAAUCCAGGCAAAGCUGGAUCUGAUGCAUUCCGACAUCAAGAAGCUUGCGCCUUGUGUCACUGCAGAUGGGCGUGAGGGUCGUUUGGCAUCCGAAACUGCAGUCAGCCCAUCAGCCUCGGCCAUGGCGAUUGGACGAGGGGCUCGCUUCAACGUUCAGCGACCCACUUUAGAUCCAGGUGCAACCGCCACCGCAGCCAACUCCAGCUUUCUUCCGCCACUUGCGGGAUCGACAGCGGCCGGCGCCACCGCUACCGGUGCUCACUCCAAAAAGGUGGUGCUAACUGCUGCUAAAUCUCCUGAGCAUACCGAUGCUCUGAACAACCGCCGUAAAGCCCAGGCCGCGAAGCAAAAACUGCAGGAAUUCUUAAAGCCGAUGUUAACACAACCUGAUUCGAACGACGUAAACGAGUUGGCCAAUGCGCCAUGCGCUUGGUUACUCAGCAUUGCACUUGCGUGCAGCUAUGUAUCCGGUGAGAAGAUAACAAUCGAAGACAUCCUUCGCCAAAACCGUUUGGCAAUGCACUACGUAUCCUUUCCGUCUGUUACACUCGCUGAACUAUUUGAUGUGACGAAUGAGUUCGUAGAAGGUCAUCCGGCAAUGCUGAGGACCAAGACUCGCUGUGAGGUGGUUACAUUUGACACGGAAGCAGUAGAUGAGUCGUGUGAUGGGAUGGGUGCGGAGGAACAAGCCACCAUCCGAACUUUGUCCCAGUUUCGCAAGGAGCUGUCUCAAAAUGAGGAAAACCCAAUGUAUAUAAUAAACUUUGAUCCUUACUUGAUUGAACAACACGAAAUAAGGAUGCGCCUGAACUACACUGAGAACCCCGAUGGCGAGGGUUUACCAGACCCAAUAAAACCACGUUGGUCGGCCAAGAACCAAGGCACCUUUGCCCUGAUUACUGAUUUCAGGCCUGCCCUGCACUCUGUUAGUUUCGGGGUGCCACUUUUGUUGGAGGAUGGCCGUAUUGUUGUUGAGGAGCAUGGCGUUCCUCUACAAACGCUCUACAAUGCGUUGUGCGUGAAGGACGGAUACUGCAAUCGAUCCCGUGGAUUCGUUCGCGUCUUUGUGAGCGAACGACACAUGGAAAAAGUACCUUCCAUAUUCCCGCUGGGCAUGCUCGAUGGUUCCCUCAGUGGCGGGUUAUUAAUGACUGCGGUUGACGCCUCCAUCGCACCACACAUAGUUGGCCUCGCAUUAAUGCACCACCUUGUCUCAUGCACUCUUCUGAACCAAGGAAAACACCGGGAAAGUGGCGUUGGUAGCGCACUAGACCGCGGUAAACUGCGUGGUAUUCCCGUUACAAAAUUGUGCCAGGUACUCAACCUUGACAUUGCCACCAUUGUUGGUAACAGCACCAAGGUUUCUGUUUGCAGGGCCUUUAGCUGGUACAGGGUGUUUCUUAAGAAGUUGAACCUCGCCGACGCUGUUGCACUUGGUGUUGUGCUCAUUAACCGUCGUGGGGAUGCUGCAGAUGGACCAGUAAACAUCACAGAUGACACUUUCAUGGCACAUAUUGAUCUCGUUGUGAAAACCAAAAGUGUUAUGCUUAUUGGCUUUAAUGUUAACAUUGCAUUGAAUGUCAUGGUGGACCAACGUGCCGAACCUUGUCACUUUGCCAUUGUUAUUGGCUUCGAUGCAGAGCAGGGGGUCGUUCGGCUCGCUGACGUCAGUGUGAAGAAGUACCGUAAGACAUGGAACGUGCCACUUCCCCGGCUGUAUUCUGCCGUGAUUGGGUACGGUUAUAUAUUGGCUGCCAAGUCGCCAGACACUAUUUCCAAACUCAGCGCCCAACAGUUCGAGGAUUCCAUUUUGAGUGAUGCUCGGUACUCACUUCCACCCACAAUGCGACUCCUUCGUUUUGAAUAUCCGAAAAAGAAUUAUGUUGUGACAAUCCUUGCUGAAGCUUUAGAUACUCUCGGCUUCGAUGCAAACGUGGAAACUGUGGCUAACCUCAGUGGAUUCCAUACUUCUUUCAUGUUGUCCGCACAUUUGCCAUUGGAAAGUGCAGCGACUGUCGCGAGGAACUACUCCCACAAUCAUCUGGGGGACAAGGUGAGUGUCUUCACGACACACAUGGACAAGGACGUUAAGCACUCCACUCCUGAAGCACUUGUUGGCCAAAUUCUCUCUGCGUUAGAGGCCCCCAAGGAACGUUGCCUCAUUGUGAACUUCGACCCCGCUGUUAUACAAGCCAAUAGAGAGGUAUGGAAUGGAGGUUCUGGGGGACCGUACGCCAUUGUUCUGAGCUACGACAAAGAGCGCGCUGUUGUCACGCUUAGUGACGCAAACCACGAGGCGUUUCUUCGUGCUUGGGUCUGCCCACUGAACGUACUUUUCGAUGCCUUGGCUGCCGUGGAUUCAAUAUCGCUGCGCGCCCGUGGCACGCUCCUGCUCACUACGGCCAGGCAGGGCGACAACUACGUUGGAACGUACGGCUAUGACAUGUCCCACUCAAUUGUGCACCAUCCCUUUAAGCCGAGUGUUUGGCCAGCCUUUCAUUGCUUGGCCCUCGUUGCUUCCGAGAUGUGCGGUGGUGAUGGCUCCACUUCCGUAAGUGGCACUGGGCAGUACUCCUCUGAGGACUUCCUGUACACUAAAACGACAUUCUCUGUUCCGGACACAGCCGUCGCGAGCCGCCUUGACAGCAAAGAGAUUGUUGACUUUGCAAACACGGCGUUCGAGCGGCUUCUCAUUCCAUUGGAAGCAUCAGUAGUGGACUUUGCGGCAGCUGGAACCUUCUUCGAAGCAUGCCGCGAUGCCAUGGUGAACAACAAACCAAUCACUAUGACCUUACUGGGGUAUGACACGCAACCGAUUCAUGGCAUUCCGGGAUUCUCCGUUGGUGUGGUGAAUCGCGUGAGGGACGCUGGGCCGAACAGUACCGUGCAAGUGGUGGAUGGUAACGGAUGUACGCUGGGAUCCGUGUGGGACCGCAAAGCGGAUGAACUGCGCAAAGCAGUAACGGCGAUGGUGCGCAUCAAACGAAAGGUAACCAAGUAA